AUCGCAGCUGCCUCUAUCGUCCGCGUCACCCACAAAUACGAAGAGACUGGACAACGCUAGCCGCAUUCUUCUUUGGUGAGAGAUUUAGACACAAUUCGGGGCCGAACCAGCGAGCGCUAGUUCGGCCAUUUCGGCCACGCCGAAACCAAGCGAAGACGACUCGCACGCUCUCAUCUCUUCCUCUUCCCGUCACCUCGUUUUCCAUUCAUAGUCUACUCGUGUCGUUAUUGGGACGCUUCUAGAAUAUUUGAGCGGAUCGACAACAACGUUUCAACACUUGUCCUUCUUUCCAAGGACCACCAACGCCCAUGAAACGGGUGCUCCGUCGCUCGGCAUCAAAACACGCGAGCACACUGUUUAAAAUUAUCUGUAUUCUUGUAUUAUGCUCUUUUAUUAUUUACCUGAAGUCUGAAGACCAUGAUUUGCAAAAAAAUACUGCUAUUCACGCUCCACGGUCCAAUUCGCGGGAAGAUGAGGAUGAUAUUUUAAUACCGGCUGAUAAUAAAGAUCAACAAUUUGUUGCAGCUGUACUUGUUUUUUGCGCAACCAGGCCCGAUGCUCUUCGGAAUCAUUUAUCACAAAUUUUAGCCCAACGCCCUUCACACUUUCAAUACCACAUCAUUGUUAGUCAAGAUGGCAAUAAGACCGCCGUCACACAAGUCGCACAAAAGUUUGUCAAAGACUACAAAAACGUGUCACAUAUACAACAUGAGAAGACGGAAAUCAAAAAGCGGAACAACUACCCAGCCAUCUCGGCACAUUACAAAUGGGCCUUGGACAAAGCCUUCAAAGGCUUCCGUUAUGAUCAUGUCAUUGUGACUGAAGACGACCUUGACAUAGGUAACGAUUUCUUUUCCUACUUCCGAUGGGGAAAACAAGUUCUCAACUCUGAUGACACUAUUUGGUGUGUAUCUGCGUGGAAUGACAAUGGAGGAGGACCACUUAUAGAUUCGACGCGAGGCGAUUUAAUUUGGAGGACGGACUUCUUUCCGGGAUUAGGAUGGAUGCUCACAAAAAAACUCUGGAACGAACUUUCGCCCGGAUUUCCUGUUGCGUAUUGGGAUGACUGGAUGCGAAAGCCGGAAGUGCGGAAGAGCAGGUCAUGUAUCCGUCCGGAAAUCAGUAGAACGUCGCAUAACAUGAAGUUAGCUGGAAAAGGGUCUAGUGGAGGUAUGUUCAAAGACUAUCUCAGCAAAAUUAGCGCAUCCAGCGCAAACAUUGACUUCUCUCUUCUCCCUGUCACCCUCGUCCAAAAAUCAAUCUACGACAAGCGCCUUAUAGAACAAAUUGAGAAUGCACGACCCAUAGACCUGCAGAACACUACUGGGAUGGAGAAAACCUACAAUUACAAAAUUGUGUACAAGAACAUUCGAGACUGGCAUAGGCUGGCCGCCCAUUUCAAAUUGAUGACAGACAUUCGAGGAGGAAUGCAGCGAACAGCAUACUAUGGAGUUGUCACUUUGAUGUUCCAGAAUUGCAGAGUGUUUUUGGUACCUGAAUCAACGUACCGAAAUCCAUCACAACUUACUAGUUACGUCUACGAUUCAGAAUGGGACAAACAAAACCGAUUUAUUGAAUUUGAAGCAUAUUACUGCAAAACUAAAAAAUAUGCUGGAAAAUGCGACCCACACAGUCCCGAGAUGAUUGCCUUUUUCAAAAAGAAAGGAUGGAAGAAACGAUUGGAUGAUUGGGGCGAGAUGCUAGUUGUUUAGUGAACAAGACGAGGUACAACUGUCCUGUGACGAUACGGGUGAUUGUAAGCGUUCUUUCGAAAGAACAUUUGUCGGACCUGUUCAGUUAUAUGCGUGCAUGUCAGAUCAAUCAACUCGUCAAACUUGCUGCUGUAACUAUGAUUUUUGCAACGGUUCUUCAAAUAACAAUAGUAUUUAUUUAAUUAUUAUGCUGGCUGUCAUUAUAAUUUAUUCAUUCCAAUGCUCUCUUCAGUUUCCAACUUUUGGGAUUCUUUCCGUUUAGCUUUCGUUUCUCUGAGUUGUUCUACUAUCACGUUAAUAUGUUUAUCUUUGGUCUCCGGUAGAUACAAUAUCAGCAUUAUUAUGCACAAAAUUCCCGGUAUCACAAAGAAAAUGACCAAUGUUAUAGGACCUGAAAUGUUUACUGUUGCUUCAACAUUCUGCUUGUUUUCUUUUCUAGGUUAUCAAAUGAAACAAACCUUACCAAU